UUGUAUCAAACAAAAGUAAAUAUGGGAACCAACGAAAGCAAAGAUGACCGCAGCGUUGAAGGCGAUUUAGUGACAGUAAAGCAAUAUACAGGCAAUAGAAAACAUGGCAAGCGACACGGCAAAGGAAUAUACCUUUAUAAAAACGGCGAUGUUUAUGAUGGCGAGUGGAGAAAAUCAAAAAAAUAUGGCAAAGGUGUUUAUACUUACUCGAAUGGCGAAAGGCAAGAAGGCUACUUUUACCAUGAUAAAUAUAUUGGCAAGCAACCAAAUGAGAAAAUGAAAAGGCGUAUUGAAAAGAAAAAGAAGAAAGGAAAACAUUGUGAAUCCUCUCCAUUAUCUGAAGAAUCUCUUCACAGAAAAGUUGAUGAACAACCAGACGGAAUGGAUGAUCCUACUGCAGUAUCAAUAAAAACACCAGGCGGAAACAAUAGACGUGAGCAAAGUAUUCAAAGGAACAAAUGGGUGCGAGAUAAGUAUGAUAUUCACGGAAGUGUGGAGUCAUUAGAUACUGCCAAAGGUACGAAGUGUAAAGAAAAAUUGCGUGAUAGUUCACAACACUUCAAUAGAUCUUUAAGCUUCGGUGGACGAACACAGAAGAACAGAAAGCAUAAGGACAUAGAUGAGGCAAAAGAACGAAACAAUAGUAAACGAUUGAGAGAAUCCAUUCGAACAAAAUAUAAUUUACCAAGAAGGGAUGUAACCUCUACUUGAAGCAAAAAUUCUAUUACAUCAAUUUAACUGAACAAUCUAUGAAAAAACUACAAAAGAUCCCCCCGCAAGAAACAUUGCACGGACAGCCAUCUAACUUUUUUAGAGAAAGCAAAUACGAUCGAUAAACAUUUUUAUAUAUACAUAUACACUAAAAUGAAUGUGUCCAUAAUUUCUUACUUUGUAGGCGUUUUGGUGUAAAUAUGUACUUUAAUUUUAAUUAAGUACUUUAUAACUUGUAAGAUUUUAUAACUUAAUUUAACUUAAUAUAUUUACCAUUGUUGACAUAAUCGAACUUAUGGAAGAUUUUUGACAAUAAAUGAGUUCUCUAUUUUA